UCUCUACUCAUGACAGCCACCUCAGCUACCUACACUCCAUCUCAUGUUUGGUACACCUCCUCCCCCUGCACAGUCAGUCAGUCUCGGUGUGCUGUCGAUGCCGUCUUCUACACUUCCUCGUCGCCCGCCUCCUCUUCGGCAGCCCGCCUGACAGGGGGAGGGCACACACACACACACACACACACACACAUCCAGCGUACAAGAGAGCAUCAGCUGGCAUGUUCAGCACCCCAUCAAGCUACCUGCUGCUUCGUCAUUGGCUGGCUGGACGGGCACCACUCCGUCGGCGGCCUGCACCUGCACCAACGCGCGUUGUAUGACACAAUGUGUGCUGGAUUCUUUCACCGUCCGUCUGUGUAUAUGCGUGGAUCUAUCACGGACAGGAGGGACGACAGAGACCGACAGCCAGACCGUGACCGUGACCGUCGUAGCCGGAGCCGGAGCCGGAGCCGCGACAGAGACUACGACCCCCGACCCAGGCCAGCCAGAUACCGGUAUGUGCCUUUCUCACACACAAAGGACGCGAGCAUCUGUGUCACUCACACGUACAUGUAAUGCAGCAACCCGGCAGAGGACAUGCAGACUGGCCCACGCACACACCGACAUUCGCGGCGGAGGCGGGACAACCUGCCUGCGCACGGACAGUGGUAUUCCGAAGGAGCAGCUGCUGCUGCUGCUGCUGCGAGUGAGAGUGCGAGUGCUGGUGGUGCUAGUGUUAGUGUGCUUCAGUGCACUGUGUGUAGGGAGGACUACCAAUCGGACGGCGACAAGGCACCCCAAGUCCUCGCAUGCGGUGAUCAAUGCACACACACCGCACACAAGACCAACACGUGGACCAAUGUGGCUGUGUGUGUGGCUGUGUGUGUUUGGCGGUUUCUGUGUUGCUCAGGUCAUUCCUUCUGUGCGGAGGUGAGUGAGUGGGCACUUAAAAGAGUGUUGGCGACGAUGGCAUGCCAUGUAUGUGUCUGCAGUGCGUCAGAGGGCUCAUCCGCCAUCACCCACAUGGCCGUCGUGUUGCCCGGUGCCCCGAGUGCAGGUACGCAUCAAGGCGACACACAUAUGGGAGUGAAUGCUUCGCACUUCCUUUGUGUGUCCAUCGGUCGAUCAGGGCGGUGACUGCGGAGGCUAACAUUCAACCGAACUACGCCCUGCGAGAUCAGACAGAGAUCUUGCGCGUGGGUGGACAGUGACGGGUCGGCAUGACUCAACAGGCACACACAGAUAGACAAGGCAGAGGGACUGACUAGUCUGAGGGAUUCUGUCGAAGCUACAAGUGCAUGGCUGGCAUGGAGCCAGCAGAGAUGCCCAGCUGGCUGGCUUUAUGUAUCUUUGUGUGUGUGUACAUGAGAGACUCAGCGCGGGUGUGCAGGUCUUGUUUGAUCCUAGCUAUCUUGCCCUUCUGUGCCACUAAUGCUGAGCAGGGAGGAUGGCGGCAAAGGGGGCGAAGACAGCAAGGCGCGAACAAGACCGGCACACUCACUGUUUUACACGUGGAUGGAUGGAUGGAUGAAUGGGUCUGUCUGUCUGUCUGUCUGUGAGUAUGCAUUCUUGCCUGUGAUCACCUCGACGACAUGCAUGUAUGUGUGACCCUUGUGUGUGAAUUCGAUGCUUUUACCAACACACCCACAAACAAA